AUGGACUCUAAAUUUAUCGCUCUGGUGAUCGGAAGACUGCUGCUUGCCUUUGCGCCGCUGCCUUGGUCAAUCAGGAACGACCACCAGCUGUCUUCACCCUUGACGUCCUACCCACGAUUACAAGAGGGUAUAUACCUGUUUCGACACGGUAUCGAUCCGUAUUCUGGGGGGGCCUUUCGGCACUCCCCUUUGUUGCUGUCGCUGUUCUCGACUGUUCUCCCACUGAAUGAGUACAGCUCACCGCUGAUUUGGACCGCCUGCGAUGCAGUUGCGGCAUGGGCUUUGGUGAGAAUAUGGAGAUCCCGGCAGAACGUGUCGGCGAGCUCAAGAGACGUGCUCUUAGCAGCGUUAUACCUUCUCAACCCAUAUAUAUUCUUCCCAUCACUCGCACUGUCGACUUCUACGUUUGAAAACAUGCUGUAUUUGCUAUCAUUGAUGUUCGCGUGUCGUGGACGAACAUCGGCUGCAGCACUGACGCUGGCCUUUCUUACUCACCUCUCUCUUCCUUCCAUUCUUCUACUCUUUCCAUUGGUCCUUCUGAUUUUAUCAGGACCUGCGUCGCGCUUAGCGUCACCAAGGCCAUUCCCCGCAGACAGUCGGAAAACACUGCCAAUACUGGCACAAUUUGUGGGGUGCUUCGUCCUACUAUGCAUAGCGGCGACGCUUGUCUGCGGGAACUGGACAUGGGUGGAGAAAACGUGGGGAGCACAGUUCAUGUUACCCGACUUGACGCCAAACCCUGGCCUCUGGUGGUAUUUCUUCACUGAGAUGUUUGACCACUUCAGGCCAUUCUUCCUAAUGGUAUUUUCGGUGCAUCUCCUCAUCUACGUAGCACCUAUCUGCAUCAAGUUCCAGCAUGACAUACUCUACGCGUGUUUCCUCCUCCUGGGAGUGUUCGCUACAUUCAAAGCCUACCCCACCCUCUCAGACCCGGGCCUCUUCCUCAGUAUGAUAGCCGUCUUUCCCGAGACGUUCCCCUACCUUCGCCACCCGAUAGUCACGACGCUCCUGCACCUGCAUGCGUCGCUGCUACUGCCGCUCUUUCACCACCUCUGGAUUGCGCAGGGAACGGGGAACGCGAACUUCUUCUACGCAUCGACGCUCGUAUUUGGCAUGGCGAACGGUGCGGCCUUGCUUGAUGCUAUCUGGGCUGGGUUGAGGAUCGCUAUCGGCGAUACGAAGGAGUGUUGCGAGGUUGUGCAGGAAUAA